AUGGAAAACCCUCAUCACUGAGCUAUCUUUGCAAAUUUCAACAGAGAAAGGAAAAAGUGAACAGAACCUGUUCCAAAUUCUUUUAGCCCUUUAGUGCAGUUGUUGGAAAAAUUUCCAACCAAUAUAUUCUCAAAAUUUGUUGUAAUUGGAUGACUUAUCCAGAUUGCAAUUUGAUGUCCUGAUGGAUAUUAUGGGUACAACCAAGGUUGCAUCCCUUGUGAAAGCUCUUGAAAAACUUGUUCUAACAGUACUACUUGAGAUACAUGAGAAUCUUUCAUGAUGAUUGAUCCUGUCACUUCAUUUUGAGCGCAUUGUGCAGCCGAUGAAUACUUUGAUGAAACGCUCAAAAUUUGAAGAAAUUGAAUGGAUACAUGCUUAGGAGAAUGUCAAUUUAGGCAGCCCUGAAUGGCUUGAGAUCUCAAUGAAAGCUUGGAUCUUGAUACUCUGAGUUGUGUUACAGAUUGACUACCACCUCAAGUUAAGCUAGGAGGUCAUCAUAUGUCUCUCCCUAGCGUGUGUAGAGCAUUAGAUUACUAUAUUGACCCACUGAGCACAUCAGAUAUAGAGCUGGGAACCAAGAAGCACCCUUACCGCACCAUGAAAGCUGCAAGUUCAGAGAUUCUGACAUUCCUCUCCCAUCAGCCAGUUAGUAUCACCUUGUUUGUAAAAGAUGUCUACAUUGAAGAUAAAUCUAUUUUCUUUUUGAACAUCACUCAUGUUGCGAUUAAAAGUCACCCAGAUGUACUUGAGAAAAAGCAGAGAGCUCUUAUUAUUCCUACUGAGUUUCCACAGAUAGGAAUCAGUAAGAAAGCUAGGUUCCACUUGCUCCAAUCCGUCCAGCUUCCUGUGCUCGGCAUCAUCAGUCUUGGGACUUUUACUCCUGCAGAGCAAAUGAAAAUUGGAGGUCAAAUUAGCAAUGUUGUUGCCAGAUCAGGGAUCAAAUUUGAAAACGUUGAUUUCUACAGAGAAGAAAUUGACUACAAUAAAGACAUAAUAUUUAUGCUAGGAGUGUACUUACAGAACAAGACUGCGAGCUUUGAAAAUAUGAAGAUAAACAUCACAGGAAUGUUCUGGACCACUCAAGAUCCAUUCAAUUUAUACGUCAGAAAUAUUGAGUUUGAUACGUACAGUUUAAGGAAUGUGUUUGCUUUCUUGAUUGAUUGUAAUUAUCCUGAAGCUAACAAAAUGCCUUUUAUGGAUAUUGACGGAAUCAAGCUUGUAACAUCAAAAGAUAGAAAUGCUGGAUAUCAUCCAUCAGGAAUAGUUACUAAUUUUCCUGGAAAUAUGACAGUGCAGAACUUUGUUGCAGAAGAUCAUUACUCCACCAUUGACAACUUAGCAGCGUCGUUCUUUUAUAUAAUUCCUCCAUCUUGCAUCCCAGAUGAUGACCUUAUUCAAAUAUGAAAUUAUUCAAACUUCUCUCUAUCUGUGAACAAUGACAGAGGAAACAAAGUAAAUCCAAUAGCUAUAGAUAUUUCUCAGGUCCAUUACAGGUCUUUCGUUAAGAUACUCACAGAUAUCUCUAUGUUUGGGUAUCAGCGUACAUAUUUCACUCCUGCUCUCUUCGGUGGGUCCCCAUUGGACACAAUUCAGAUCAACAGCAUUAGUAUGAAGGAUUGUUUUCUCUUUUCAGAUGCUAUCAAGGUGAGCAGAUUUCAGAAGGUUAUCUUUGGAAGCAUGGACCAUCCUCAAACUGUUUUCGAGAACAUAGGGGCAUUCACCGACAAUUUUCUGUCAAUUUUCCAGAAUGGGCACGUUGAAGUGAACAACUUUAGGGUUCAAAAUAUCACAGGCCCAUUCAGCAGGAGUCUGUUUUUCAUGUACCUAAAUAGUCUUCCAAAUGCACCAACUAAAAUUCAGAAUAUUGAUAUCACUGACUAUAAUUUUUUGAAUGGAGGAUUUGUUACAACUGUUGAUGAGUUGGAAGCAAUUGAAGUCAGAAAUAUUACCAUCCAAAAUAGCUUCACUCAGCCUGGCAUUCCUAUCUUUGAAAUAAACAUGAUCAAGAGUAUCCAAUUUAGCGAAGUAAAGGUCAACGGAGUCCAAGCUAUCGACCAAAAUGACGAGGACUCAGCCAUUUUCAGAGUCAAUGAGCUAGAUCUACAGUCAAAUGCCAACUCAAGUUUUGCCAAUAUUCAAGUGUCCAACUGUGGAAUUUCUGUGCUUCAGUUUGGCUCCUUAGUGAAUAGUAACAGUGAGUUCUCACAGCUUGAGUUAAACAAUGUUGUGAUCAGAGAUUCCAUAUACGCAAGCUCGAGAUCUAUCAUUUCUACUGAAAAUCUUGAGAAUGAUGCUAAUUUCUUGUUUAAAGUAUAUGGCUUUCAUGCAAUCAAUGUUACAUUUGUUAGAACUGGAAGCCUGCUUUUAUUUAGUCAUGCUUUAAUGAAUCCAGCGAUUGUACAAGAUUCAUUAUUUGAGAACCUCACAUCAACAUCUAUUUUAAUAGAAAGCCCAGGACUAUCAGGAAAUACUUUCAAUGAAGUGUUAUUUCAAAACUGUACUUUCGAGGUAAUCCAUUCAUUGUCCCAAUCGUUAGUUAUUGUGUCUGGACAAUCUUCUGCUAAGUUUCUGAGAAAUAAAUUUGACUUUGUGACAGUGUCAUUUGAUAGAUCAGGAAUGAUUGAGGCUAGCUCUAAUUCUUUCAUCAAAUUUAUUGACACAAAUUUUACAAAUAAUGCUGCAGUGACCUCAACAUUAUUCACAGUAUCUUCUGGAGCAUAUGUUGAAUGAAACUCAUGCUUGAUCACCAACAACUUUGCUAUCACCAAUGCAGUUGUGUCAGUGUCAAGCAAUGGUUACUUCAAGUUCUUUGACUCAAAUGUUUCUGGGAACAUUGCAAUCAUGGCACCUAUUGGACAAAUCUUCGAUGCCUCACAAAUAAGUAUUAUCGAUAAAUGUAAAAUCCAUAAUAACCUAGCCAUAAGUCCACAGGAUUUUGAACAAGAAAUUGCCAAUGGAUGAUCUAAACUGUGAUUUGUAUCUACAAAUUUAAUCGAUCAUAUUAAUGUCAACAAGCUACAUCACAUUACUUAUGGAUAUUAUCUUCUUGAGAUUGUUUCUGGGUCACUUGAGAUUAUCAAUCACACAGAAAUUUAUAACCAAAAAGAGCUUUUAAACUUACUGAUGACAAAUUGAAUCGUUAGGAGCUCAGUAAUUCGAGACAUAAAUAUCUCUCAAGCUCCAAUUAGAAUAACUGCAUCAACUUUGGAACUCCAUGAUUUAAUUCUUACCAACAUCAAUGAUAGCUCAGAGAAAGAAAUCUUUCUCAUAAAUGAUGAAAGUAAAUUCCUCAUAAAUAAUCUCACAUAUGAGCACUCUAACACAAAUCUCCUCCGAGCUCUCGCUGGAGAAAUGAACAUUAAUAACUUAAUUAUCAAAAAUGUUUCAGGUUUUACUAACCUAAUGCAUAUUUACUCACUAGUCAAAGUAUUCAUUCAUUCUCUGACUCUUGGAAGCCUUGAGUCUAAUUCUGAACAAAUUAUAUCAAUAGAAAAUGCUAAAAAUGUUAUGAUAGAUGCCUUGGAAGCUGGGAAUAUUAAUGCUACUGUUUUAUCCAUGAUCGGCUCUAAUGUAGAAUAUCUCAAUAAUAUAAAUAUCUCAAGCUGCACCAAAGCAUUAAAAAUUGCUGAUUCUAAUGUUACAUUGAUCUCGAGCUCAAGUUUCACAAGAAAUGGAGAGCAAAAUGACCUUUCUUCUGGAGGAGCUAUCUCAAUAACUAAUAGCGAUGUCAAAGUGACUCAUACUAAAUUUGAGAAUAAUACAGCUCAGGAAGCUGGCGCCAUUGAUUUUAAAUGUGAUUCUGUAACUCUCUGUAGUCUUGUGCUGAAUAAUACUACUUUCACUAGCAAUGAAGCUUCAGUGCAAGGUGGAGCUAUACACUAUAAUUUUAAGCACCCUGAAAUCACUAAUUGAGCAUUUGAAAAUAAUUCUGCUCAGUAUGGAGAUGAUCUAGCAAGUUAUCCUGUUAAAGUAAGAAUCCAAGGGCAACCAGACUCUCUUAUCAACUUCUCGAAUAUUGGCUCUGGAGUGAAGAUAGGAUACCCAAUAAUAUUUGCUUUGUUUGAUUAUGACAACCAAGUUAUGAAUCUCAAUAGCAAGGAUAAUCUUAGAAUAUUCUCACCCUCCCAUUCUAACUCAACGAUUAAGGGCGUAAAUUCUGUUAAUUUUAAUGCUGGAAUUGCCAUUAUGGAAGGAAUCAUCUUCGCUGAUCAGCCUGGGACGAAAAAUGUGGCAUUUUACACUUCGACUGAUGCUAUUGAUCGAAAGAAAAUAUCUGAAGCAUUCCCAAACACAGAUUUCAACAGCAAUAUCACAGUUGAUUUCCGGUUUUGUGAGCCUGGUGAAGAAAUCACAGCUCAAGGAACUUGACAGGAAUGAGUUGCUGGAACAUACUCUCUCGAAUGGAAUUCCACCAAGUGCACCAAAUGUAUGGACGAUGCUGUCUGACUCGGAAGAAAUCAAAUUAGCGUCAAUCCAGGGUACUGGAGAGCUUCUCAAAAGUCUUCUUCAAUAGUAGAAUGACUUGUCAAGGAAUCAUGAAAAGGAGGAUAUACAAAUUCUGAAUUGAAUCCAAUCAACUGAGAUGAAGGAUAUAAAGGAGAAUUAUGCUCUCAUUGAGUUGUUAAUGACGAAGUUAAAUAUAGAAAAGUUGAUAACUUUAAAUGAAAUAAAUGCCCAAGUCCGAUCAUAAAUGCUAUCUUAGUAGGUGGAUUAUGUAUAAUAGUAUUCGCAUUUAUGAUGACCCUCAUUGUUAUUAACAUUAACAAGACAAAGGAAAGUGAACUAUCUGUGUUGCUAAGGAUCAUGACAAAUUAUUUCCAGCUGAUAUUUACUUCCCUCUCUCUUUCAACAAGUUAUCCAACAUCACUGAUUUCAUUCUUUGAAAUAGCCAAACAAUUUGGAAAUUCUUCGGACACAUUCUUGUCUUUUGAUUGAUUCAUCCAAGACACUGAGAUUGAAGGAAUAUUUGGUUCAAAUGCAAUAUUCAAGCUAUUCCUUCUGAUGCUACUUCCUUUAAUUCUUUUUGCUAUUGUUUCAACAAUUUGGAUCAUAAUGCAUCUACUGAAGAGCAAAUAUGUCAAAAGUUUACAAAGAAAUCUAACAAUCUCUUUCAUCAGUAUUCUUUUCUUGCUUCAUCCAAAGCUGACUGAGCAGAGUCUUGGCUUGUUCAGAUGCAUUGAUUUUAGCCAUGAUGACAGUAGAGUCAGGAUUGAUACUAAUAUUAGAUGAUACUCCAGAGAGCAUUUCCAAUGGAUAUUUAUGAUAUCCAUACCAAUUAUCAUUGUUUGGGUUAUUGCAUUGCCUCUUGUAGCGUUAGUUUUACUUCAUUUCAAUAUUAAGAAAGCUACUGAAAAUAAAGUCAAACAGUAUUUCCUGAUAUUAUACCAAGGUCUGAAAAGAGAUAAGUUCUAUUGGGAGUUUGUUAACACAGCAAGGAAAAUUCUAGUAUUGCUUGUAUUUCCUUUGCCAGUAUCAAUGAAAAUGUUAGUUUCAGUAACAAUUCUUUUCUUACUGACGCGCUUACAAAUAGCGCUUCAACCGUACACAGAUGUAGAUAACAACAAAAUCGAAAUACUGGCAACUAACGCAGGCAUCACCACCAUCCUCAGUGGACUCCUAUACUCCCAACCUGACGACAUCAACCACCUAAACCUAUUCGGCUUAGUCCUAUGCAUCACCAUAAACACCCACUUCCUCAUAAGCUGGGUACAUCUCUUCUCAAAAUCAUUCCAAGACUCUUCAAAACCAUGCCAAAUUCUGUACAAUUUCUUAAAUUUUGUUCUAUGCAAGAAGCCAAAAUCCCCAGUCCCAGUCACAAAUCCUUCUAAGCCAAGGAGUCCGAGGAAAGAGCAGAGGUACAGGAUCCAUAAGAGAAGGAUUCAGUUUGGGAAGCAAGCUAGGGGCUCGAAUAAGAGAGUUGGAGUAAGAAAGGAUAGAAAGAAAACUCACAGGAAAAAAGUCAAACAAAAUGAAGAUAUGCUGUUCGACAAAGUCAAGUCAUCAAGAUUUGGAGAGAUUAAUGAUUAUAAAACCAGCUCCAGACUUCAAAACCCCAAACAGCUACACAGAUACUCUGCCUAACAAUAUUCCUCACUAAAGAGACCUCAACUUCCACAGAGGAUUUCCCAUAGCCCGGCUUACCACUGAGCUUAAGGAAAUCUUCACUGGAGGCGCCAAGUUUUGACUGGGAAGAAGAUUUAGAUGGGUAAUUUAGGGGUUUAAGGGAAUUUAGGAAUAGAGGAAGAGAUAGUGGGUGGUGUGGGGAUAGGUAGGGUAUGGGGGGAGGUAGAGGGGUUUUUAGGGGGCUGUUAGGGUAGGAGAGAGAGGGGUGGAUUUAAGGGGUUUUAGCUUUGAGGGAAGGUUUAAUGAUGGCUUUGAUGGUUUGAAGGAGUUUAGUUUGGAGGUAGGAAAUUAGGAUAGUUGUAUACUAUAUUUUUAUUAUUGUGGUAAGGUAGGUCUCUGGAAAAUAUCCUCAGGCCACUGUUAGGGAGGGAGAAUUUGGGGGAAAUAGAUUUUCUAGGUGGUGAAAGUGGCAGAGAGAAAGUUAUGUCUAAUCCUAGAAACUUUUGUUAAGAAGGAUCACUGGAAGAGGAACCAUGGAAUAGGACUGUUAUCUAUUCUUUUUAAGAUCUCAAAUUUGAUGUCGACAAGAAGGUAACUAGCAUCUAAUUCAUAAAUGACCAUCAUUGUCUAAAACCUGUAAAUCUCCUUUCAAAACUCCUGAAGUAUCUUAAAUCC